AUGUCGUUGAUGGCGCUUGGAUUUUGACCUCUGACACGAGUUCCCUAACGACGGAUCAGCGCUUCGUUCGUGAACCACUGUUUUGAUACGAUUUUUCUACGGGCAAGUUCUUUAGCGGACGGAGCAUACGCGAAUCCGGGGAACCGUAGCGUACGAUAUCGCGACUCGACAGUCCUAUUAUUGUUAUUCCAGCGAGAAACGUGAGGGGAAGCAGUUACACUUGAAGCGAAGCAAAGCGGAUCAACUGGACCAGAAGAACACAGGCAACAAUUUCCUUGAAUAUUUUUGUUGAAGUCGAAGAAUAAACCAGAAAUGGCUGUGCCUUUUUCGAACACAAAACUGCGAGUUCCGAGAGGUUUUCAAAACCUUCUCGAAGGGCUGGCUCGUGAAGUUUUGAGGAACCAACCGGACAAUAUUUAUGCCUUUUCUGCAAUCUAUUUUGACAACUUGCUCAAAAUGAGAGAUCAGCAAGGUAUCGAUCCGGCAGAUAUCGGAGCAAGACAUGAGGACCGUUACUACAACAACAAAGCCUUCCAGAAUGGUAACGUUGGCGAUGUCAGUGACCCCCAGCAGCAAGAGGCGGCCGUCAAAAUCCAAUCAGCGGUCAGAGGUCACCAGUCGCGAGACUCAUCACGACCCGACCCCGAAGCGAAACCGUCACAAGAAGAAGAUGCGGCCGUCACAAUCCAGGCUGCGUAUCGGGGGUAUGAGGCUCGGAAGCGUGUUCAUGCUUUGAAGGAUGGCGAAGCUGAACCAACAACAGAGGGCAGCACACAAGAGCCUGCAGCAGAUGCACCUGAGCAGCCACAGGAAGAGGAAAUAGACAUUGACCUUAAUGAUCCGGAGGUCGAGAAAGCCGCCAUCAAAAUCCAAUCCUCUUUCAAAGGUUUCAAGACGAGAAAAGACAUGUCAGCCAAAGCAGAUUCCUCAACGAGCAUACUACGGGUGAGGCGACCGAACCGGCAGAACCGAGCCAACAGGAAGCAGGCGAUGGCGGGGAGACAGAUAAACCGGCUGAAGAAACGUCACAGCCCGAGCAAAACCCCUGCAGAUGCCUCAACGACGGAAGCUUCGACGACAGAAGCACCAGCGGCUCCAGCGGGGGAGGAGGAGGAGGUUGAUAUCGACCUCGAGGAUCCUGAGGUGCAGGCAGCGGCAGUCAAGAUCCAGGCCGGAUUCAAGGGCAUGAUGGUGAGGAAAGGAAAGAAGGACGGAGCAAAAGAGGAGACACCAGCCGAAGAGGGAGCCCCAGCUGCUGAGGCAGAAGCCAAAACAGACGAACCGCAGGCAGCAGAGGCAACAGAUGAACCAGAAGCACCUGCCGCAGAGGAACCCAAGAAAGAGGAAGAAGAGGUUGAUAUCGAUCUGAAUGACCCUGAGGUACAAGAUGCAGCAGCCAAGAUCCAAGCUGGCUUCAAGGGCAUGAUGGUUAGAAAACAAAUGAAGGAUGGUAAGAGUGAGGCAAGCGAUGAAGCAGCCCCGACAGAAGGCGAAGCACCACAGGAGGAAGCCGCAGAACCAGCAGCCACAGAGGAUGUGCCUCAGGAGGGAGAGGCGGCACCGGCUGAAAACGGAGAAGCGCCGGCUGAGGCUGAUGCAGGGCAGGCCGAGGAGGCGCCCAAGGCAGAGGGGGAUGCCCCUGCUGAAGCUGAAGCUGAAGCGACGCAGCAAGAAGAGGCAGCUACACAAGGUGAUGCUGCACCGGCAUCAGCAGAGGGAGAGGCAUCGGCAGAGGGAGAGGCACCUGCAGAAGAGGCACCACAAACUGAGCAGGACGCACCCCAAGAAGAUGCAGCUGCACCAGCAGAAGGAGAUGCAGCACCAGCAGAAAGAGAGGCAGCACCGGCAGAAGAGACAGAACAGACAGAGGCACCGGCAGAGCCAAAGGCCAGUACUACCUCUGCACAAGAUAAAGUUCCUACCCCUCCCCCAUCCACAGUAACAUCUCAAGGUGAUACCACUAAAGAUACUGAAGGGGGUAUUAAAGGGGACAUUAAGGGUGAAGCGGAUACCGACGAAGACCACAAAGAUGAUGAGAUCCAAGCAUCGGGCCAAGACGAAAUGCCUGAUGAUGCUAUCCAGGCUGUACAAAGUGGCAGUGAAAGCGUUGCUGAUGAAAGUCCUGUUGCAGAUGAAGAGGCAAGCAAAGAAGCAGAAGGGGAAGAUCAGGCUGCAAAGGAUCCAAGUGCCAGGUCUUCGAAACAGAGUGUGGCAGCAGAACCCGGUGAAGCGGAUACUGUCGAAAAAGAGAGCAAAGAUGAUGAAAUGCAAGCAUCGGGCCAAGACGAAGUGCCUGAUGAUGCUAUCAAGGCUGCACCAAGUGGCAGUGAAAGCGUUGCUGAUGAAAGUUCUGUUGCAGAUGAAGGGGCAAGCAAAGAAGCAGAAGGGGAAGAUCAUGCUGCAAAGGAUCCAAGUGCCAGGUCCUCGAAACAGAGUGUGGCAGCUGAACCUGAUGCCCCAGAACCUGUUGAAAUUGAAGAAGUAGCCAGUGCAGAAGAGAAUGUGGAGACUGAAGUUCAGGCAGCUGAAGAGCAAGGGGGCCAGACUGAAGUGGACAAGGUGGAAGAUGUUGUUGCAGAAGGUGAUGCUUCUGAAGAGUCAAAGGAUCCUGGAGAGGGUGAAGAACAGAAUGAAAGUCCAUUGGUUACAGACGAAGCCAAACCUGUAGAGGAGAGCAAUGCUGACAAAGAAGAUAAGACUAGUCAUACUCAAGAGGCUAGUUUUGAAGAGAGGAAAGAAGGAGAAGGAAAUACUGCAUCUGAUCAAAGUCUGGCUGAAGAGCAAGAGGAGACAGUCCAAGAUCAACCUCAGGACGCAACUGAGGUGGUCCAAGAAACUAGUGAGUUAGACCUGGAGGUGCAGGAGGAGGGGGCGAUUGCCAUGGAACAAGCUCAAGAAGAAGGCCAUAGUGGGGAUGCAAAGAGGGAAAUGAGUGAUGAGAAUGAGGGUCGAGACAGUGGCUUAGGGUUUGAGGUCAAAACACCAGAAUGUCCAGAUCUCACUGUGCAAGCAAGUGAAGAUGACCAAGAUCAGAAGCCAGAAACACCAGGUGACAUUGAUGAUCAAAAGGAGCAGUUCACACCCUCACAAGCUGACCCAAGUGCAAAUGCCGAACAAAGCCUGCAAGCCGAUGAGCCAACUCAAGAGGCUGAUGAACAGAGUCAAGAUGCAAAAGUGGAAGAGUUUCAAAAUGCGAAUGAUGCAGAAGGACAAGUCAAGGAAGUCCAAGAUGCAAAUUUCCAGGAAGAAACCUCUGAAGCAGCUGAACCUGCUGCAGAGGAACCAUCAGGUCAGACCAUUGGUAACCAAGAGCAGGAGCCGUCAAAUGCCAAUGCAACGCAGGAUGAGGAUGAGAGCAAAUUAGAGGAUAGCGUAACCGCAGGAGAAGAGGAAAGCGGUGGAGGAGGGGUCCAGGAAGGGGGAGAGGAGGAGGAAGGGAUGGAUUCGGCAUAGCCGUGCGUAGGGGUAGAACAGAUUUGCAGGGAACUACUUUCUCAGGUGGGGAUAUUUUGUUUGUUGGGUCUUCGUUUUGCCCAGGAAAAAGCAUGCUUCUUUAUACAUUUCCUACAGUUUGUUGUCUUUCUGAAGACGAUGUUGAGCCUCUUUGUUGAAUUUAACAUUUCGUUAUGAAGGGAGCAACCCAUUUUCU